AUGGAAGGAGCUGACAAUCUACCAAAUGGUCCCUACGGGACAUCUGUGACGCUCAGCUGGGCGAUGGACCCAAAUAGAGGCCUUAUGCUCGCCCAUGGAAUGAACGGCGCACCGUUGAGGGCCGACCACGGCCGACCACUACGCGCCGUUGUCCCUGGCCAGAUCGGUGGACGUAGCGUGAAGUGGCUGCGUCGGCUGAUCGUGACGGCCGAGCCCAGUGACAACUGGUACCAUUACUACGACAACAAGGUUCUUCCAACCACAGUAACUCCUGAGCAGUCAGCCGACGAGCCAGCGUGGUGGCGAGAUGAACGAUAUGCUAUCUACGACUUGAACGUCAAUUCUGCAAUUGCACAACCACAACACGACGAAGUUCUGGACCUUGCGUCUCGUGUUCCAGAUUAUACAAUUCGCGGGUAUGCGUACAGCGGUGGUGGCCGUCGUGUGACGCGCAUGGAAGUGUCUCUCGACGGCGGUAAUGCGUGGCGACUAGCGGACGUUCAAUAUCCCGAAGACAGGUAUCGUGACAUCGACGUUGAUCUCUACGGUGGCCGCCUCGAUAUGUCGUCUCGCGAAACAUGUUUUUGCUGGUGCUUCUGGGCAUAUACACUUCCAAUCUACGAGCUCCAGAACGCCGACAGCAUUAUUGUCCGCGGCAUGGACGAAGCCAUGAUGUGCCAGCCCCGUGACAUGUACUGGUCUGUGCUCGGUAUGAUGAAUAAUCCCUGGUUCCGUGUAACCAUCGUGAAGACUGGGAACCAGACGCUCCGCUUUGAGCACCCAACGUCCUUGAUGUCUGGAAAUCCCGGCUGGAUGGAAAAGGUCAAAAAGGCGGGGGGUGACUUACUCAAUGGCCGGUGGGGCGAAAUAUCUUCUGAGGAUAUACAUCAGCCACCGACACCACCGCUGGAGGAGGUGAACAUGGCAAAUUCAGAUGUGAAGCGCAUCUUCACCAUCGACGAGUUCAACGAGCAGAGUUCACAGGCGCGGCCGCUUUUCGUGGUCGCUGGUGAGGUCUAUGACGGCACGGGAUAUUUGAAAGAUCACCCUGGAGGUGCUCAGAGCAUCCAAGCAGUUGCCGCAUCAGAUGCAACAGAAGAGUUCAUUGCAAUCCUCUCUUCCAUGACAUAA